UUUACAACCUUAGAACUUCCUGCCCGUGAGUAGCUUUGUCCGUGGAAGCUAACUGGUCUGAUUAAACUUUACGAGACAGCUUACAAAAUGGGAUGUGAUGGUGGUACGAUUCCUAAAAGACACGAGUUGGUGAAAGGCCCCAAAAAAGUCGAGAAGGUUGAUAAAAAUGCAGAAUUGGCUGCCAAGUGGAAGUACUGUGCCUUGAGCCAGGAGAGACUUCGACGUCCCAUCGUUGCCUGCGACCUGGGAAGGUUGUAUAACAAAGAUGCUGUCAUUGAAUAUCUUCUGGAUAAGUCUGCUGAGAGACCCAAUGCUGAGGCUGUAACACACAUCCGUGGGAUCAAGGAUAUAAAGGAGCUGAACCUAACUGACAACCCUGAAUGGGAGGGAGAGAGAAGAAAUGCUAAAGGAGACAGAUAUGAGGACAUCCACUGUGGCAUGUUCAUUUGCCCUGUUGUUGGGUUGGAGAUGAAUGGCAAACACAGGUUUUGUUACCUGCAGACCUGUGGCUGCGUCUUCUCUGACAGGGCCCUGAAGGAGGUUAAGACAGAAAUCUGCCACAAGUGUGGGGAUCCGUUUAAAGAUGAAGAUAUUGUGGUGCUCAAUGGCACUAAAGAGGAAGUGGAAAAGCUAAAGGACAGGAUGGAUGAGAGGCGGGCCAAAGCCAAAACUAAGAAAACAAAGAAGAGCAAAGCAGCUGAAACCGUGUCCACUCCAUCAGAAACAAAAGAAGACACAGAGUCUCCACCUGUGGAUGCGACUGGAACGAGCUCACUACAGAAUGGUGGUGAAAGCAGCCAGUCAGCUGUGGCUGGACCCUCUGGAUCCUCCGGUUCCUCUAAAGCCACCAAGUCUUCCACAACAUCUGCCACCAAGAGGUCGAUCCAGGAUAUGAAGGAGAAGUCCGAGGCUUUUAAAUCCCUGUUUACCACCCACAGCUCUGCCAAGCGCACUAAAGACCAGACAUCCAACUGGGUCACCCACACCCCUUAUCACUUCUAGUAACUAAUGCUCAGAGCAGAGGCCACCAAUUCAAGAUUACUUUAGAAAUUGCAACCCAUUUAAAGACUCAUUACUCUUUAGAAAUCUAAUCUCUCUCUCUCUCUCUCUCUCUCUCUCUCACAUGCACACACACACCUACACACACACACACACACACACACACACACACAGACCCACAUGAGCUCUGAUAAUGUCACCAAUGCGUGGACUCAUUCCCAACUUGACUCUUUAGUCCCCAGUAGCUUAGUGUUUACAUGUUGUGAACAUUUUGUUAACAGCUCCCCAAGCUGUUCAUACCAUUUGUUUUGUUGACUAAUUCCUCCCCCAUGUAUUCACCCACAGCUCUGCAUUCUCCCUCAAAGGUGCUUUGAGAAUUAAUGCAUGGGUGACUUUAUUAACUCUGUCACUCUGCUGUCUCCUAGUGGACGGAGUGCAGCUUUUUAAUGACAUCUCAACAUGGCAUGUGGCCUGUGAAUGAACACUUAAGCUACAUCUUCUUUCCUUCUAAGCUGGUAGUAUGUGCUGGACUGUCAUUUAUAUUUUAUAUUAUUAGGUUUUGCAGAGAAUUGUUCUUAUUUUGUGUUGGUUAUUUUAUUUUCCCUCAAAAGUGGGUUGGUGGGGGAGGAACUGAGCUUAGCAAAGAUCAUAUAUUAAUCUGAUCUAUUUAUUCAAGUUUCUGAUGUGCAGAAAUAUAGCCCACACACAUCAAAAGACAAACUGUAGCUUUACUAAGAAGGAGUUCGAAGCUGGAAAAUACACAUUUUGCUUCAGUCUUCAGCAUCACAAAUGUCAGCAUUUUCUUUUUUUUCCAAAGCCUUUGUCUAAGUGUUUGGCCUUUGUGGAUGAUUUCUGAUGUGAAAACUAACACAGGAUGUUACACUGGUCUCCAGUUAUACUCAUAUUGAAACUGAACCACUCUUCUUGAGAAAGUGUUUUAAAAGGAGAUUAAAAACAUUUUGCUUUA